UCAACCGCCUCUGCAUUUCUAUACCGCGCUUUCUUCUUGCUUUAUUCUUCACCUCAGCUACACUAACCUAUGAGCUGAACUCAGCUUACGCCGCCGUGUACAACACGCGCCACCUCUUCCCGCCGUAGCUCGUGACGGCGGGUUUACUGUCGGCCCCAGAUCAUGUACCCGUCGUCGCUCUCAGCUCGCUUCACUUUCCUCGCCCUGCUCUCCGCCUCAACCCUGUACUUCCUCUAUAAGUCCCGCCGCCUCAAAACCCUAAACCUCCUCCUCUCCCAGAAGCCGAAGCCUAGCCGUGGGAAGCUCCUCUACGUCUCCCAGACCGGCACCUCCAAGACCCUUGCCAGCCGCCUCGGUUCCCUCCUUGCCUCCUGCGGCCUCCAUUUGGACCUUCUUGACGUCAGGAACUACGAGCCCGAGGACCUCUCGAAGGAAACUCUAGUACUGGUCAUCGCCUCCACUUGGGAGGAAGGAAAGCCUCCUGAGAAUGCUGUUUUUUUCACCAACUGGCUCGCGGAGAGCGCAGCCGACUUCAGGGUCGGGUCUCUGCUUCUCUCGCAGUGCCAAUUCGCAGUUUUUGGCGUUGGGAGCAGCGCGUAUGGUGCCACGUUCAAUGCGGUGGCCAAGGAUUUCUCGAGGAAAUUUAAGGCUCUGGGUGCAAGGGAGUUGAUCCCCGUAACACUAGGGGACAUUGACAGGGGUGAAUUGGAUGGCGUGUUCGAGAUUUGGAGCAAGAGGGUGGUCGAGAAACUGAAGGGCAGUGGUAACUUGUCCGAAAAUGGUGGGUUUUUGAACGGUGGGGUUAUUGACAGCGAUGCGGAGAGCAGCGCUGAUGGUUUUGACAGUGACGAGGAAGAUGGCGAGAACAAUGGCGGGGCGGAGCAGGUUGUUGAUCUCGAAGAUAUUGCGGGUAAAUGGUCUUCAAGGAAAUCGGGUUCGGUGGUUGCUGAAAGCAAUGGGCAGGUAAAUGGGAAGAGAGAUAUGGUUACUCCAGUCAUUAGGGCCAGCUUGGAGAAGCAGGGAUAUAAAAUUAUUGGUUCACACAGCGGUGUUAAGAUCUGUCGAUGGACCAAAUCACAGCUCAGAGGCAGAGGAGGUUGCUAUAAGCAUUCGUUUUACGGCAUUGAGAGUCACCGGUGCAUGGAGACCACGCCUAGUUUAGCGUGUGCCAACAAGUGUGUUUUCUGCUGGAGGCAUCACACAAAUCCUGUUGGAAAGAGCUGGCAGUGGAGAAUGGAUGAUCCUUUGGAAAUUGUAGAUACAGCCAUAGAACUUCACACAAAAAUGAUUAAACAAAUGAAAGGAGUCCCUGGUGUCACGCAAGAACGAUUAUCAGAAGGUCUGUCCCCAAGGCAUUGUGCUCUGUCCCUAGUUGGCGAACCUAUAAUGUAUCCUGAGAUUAACGCUCUAGUGGAUGAGCUGCACCGAAGAAGCAUUUCCACUUUUCUCGUGACGAAUGCUCAGUUUCCUGAAAAGAUCAAACUGCUGAAUCCUGUAACCCAGUUAUAUGUGAGUGUGGAUGCUGCAACGAAAGAAAGUUUGAAGGCAAUCGACCGGCCACUGUUUGGGGACUUCUGGGAGCGGUUUAUUGACUCCUUGCAAUCGCUGAAGGAGAAACAGCAGCGAACUGUUUAUCGGUUGACACUGGUCAAAGGGUGGAACACGGAAGACAUCGAUGCAUACUACAGCCUCUUCAGUAUUGGAAAGCCUGAUUUUGUUGAAAUCAAAGGCGUGACCUACUGUGGAUCGUCUGCUACGUCUAAGUUGACUAUGGAGAAUGUUCCAUGGCAUGCUGAUGUCAAAGCUUUCUCCGAGGCUUUGGCUUUGAAAAGCGAGGGCGAAUACGAGGUUGCCUGUGAGCACAUACACUCUUGCUGUGUCCUUUUGGCGAAAGCCGAUAAAUUCAAAGUCAACGGCCAAUGGCACACGUGGAUUGACUACGAGAAAUUCCAUGACCUGGUGGCUUCAGGAGAGACAUUCGACAGCAAGGAUUACAUGGCCGUUACACCUGCAUGGGCCGUUUACGGGGCCGAAGAAGGUGGGUUCGACCCUGAUCAGUCCCGCUAUAGAAAGGAGCGGCAUCAUAGAUCAAACCGAUAAUGUUACCUGGCUUAGAGAUCUCACUGCUCUUGAAACUUUCAGGAAUUUCCUGCGCUUUUGGGUUCAGUUGGGAUGGUUUCCGAAAGUUUUUGUCUCAAUAUCUUUUUUGUUCUUUAAGCUUCUCUUGUAGUUGGAUCCAAUUAAAGAUUACUCCCCAUGUAAUUUUUGACAGAAAGUAAAUAUAGAAAUGGGCCUUUUGGCCAUUUCACUGCGUU